GAUUUCUGGGCCAGGGGGAUUCUAUACGUGCUAUUCAACUAGUUCAUCUUCAUGUUAGCCUUCAAAUUCUUCAUUUCCAUUCUUGCCAUUUGAACUAGCUCUGCUGCCUCUUCAAGAUCUUCUCGCUUUAUAGACCCGGAAAGAUUUUAAAAUGGACCAAAUCAUGCAUAGCCUGGCAGCCAAAAAGCUAAAAGCUUUGAAAAGUGGUGAAGCUGCAGACCUGAGUAUUAUCACCAAAGGUAUCGCAUCGCCAAAAAAAGAAGGAGCAAGUCACAUUAAGGUGUACGCAUCAAAAGCGGAUCUGAUUGCUGCUAGUGAUUAUUUCAAAUCGAAAUUGCAAGGAGAACCACAAAAAGAUUCAAUUGAAUUGGAAGGGUUUGACUCCGAAAUCGUAACGCUAGUUGUUGAGUUUACGUUUCUCAGCGGCUGGCUGAUGACCGAAGUGAAAGACCUGAAUCAAUGUUUGAUGCUUGCUCGAGCUGCCCAGGAAUUCAAAAUCGACUCACUCGGAGAGCUGUGUGGUUGUCUCCUUUCGAACAAAUUCCUCGAACUGAACCAAAUUUGGAGAGUCUACGACGGACAAUUCGGCAAAGCUGCUCAGGUCAAAGUCGUGUUGGAAUCUGCCCGAAAAUUUGUGUCCGAGAAGGUGAAGGAAUGCAUGCUCCAGCCAGGAUUUAUCGACAUCAAGCAUGCUACACUGGUGGACCUUCUUAACGUGCAUUGCUUGCGUGUUGAGUCAGAAGCCAUCCUUGUACAAUACUCUCAAAAGCUUGCUAAGGAAAUCGCAAGAUUGGGUCUUAAAACCCUCGCCAAAGAAGUCUUCCGCGAAUACUUUCUUCCUCAUCUGCGGCUGCUGACCUUAAAAGCCGAAGAGAUGGGCCCGGUGUUGAGCAUGAUCGAAUCGGAAGAAGCUAUCCACUUUGCCCGUGUGCAGGCGCCACCGUGUCUGAAAAUGUUGCUGCCAAAUAAAUCCGAGUCGUUUCGGUGCGGCUUUAGCACAAUUGUGUCUCCGAGAUACAGGAGACUCGAGAGAAGAAUUGGAUUUUUGGCAAGAGAAAACCACUUGGGCCUUCACAGGACUGAAAAUGAUUUCAUCUGGAAGAACUACUUUUUCCUCAGCGAGAAAGAGCAGAAGUUUGUACUGAGCUUCGUGGCACCAUUUAAAAUGACCGUUACCAAACUGGAAGUCGUCCUGCCUCUGCGCAAGAGCCAUUACAAUGCAAUUGAUGUCUUCAAAUGUCUGGCAUUUGAUCCAUUGACUUGCUUUGAAUUGCCGUCAAAAGCCACAAUCACUACUAGCUUAAUUGCCGACGACGACCUGAGCCUCUACUCCAAGGGGGAUUUCGAGAAUCCCUGGUCCACAUGGAAAACGUUCAAUUUUGUUGAAAAGGGCAGUCAGGUGUCGAUUGAGUUUUGCUUCAACGCACCAUGCUUCUAUAAAAGGGCAGCCUUGGACUGCGAAAUCUCCGUCGAUAUUCCUUUCACAUUCAAGCUGUUCGAUAGGAGCGAGGAGAGUUCUUGGAUGGAAGUUCAGAACCAGGGCACCAACCUUUUCCACAGCCUGUCCUAUGAGACCUUUGAAAUCUGAAUUUCAUACACCACUUUGGAAAAAGAAGUUUUUAAAGAGAAAAUUUUGUUUUGUCUGAACAUAAAGAAAACUGUUCUCUAAUUGUAACUUAAAAAUUCUGAAAAAUAUUCUGCUGUAUUCAAGUUAAAUUUUGUUUAUAAAAGGCGUUAAAUAACAGCCUCUUUUGUAUGUUUUAAAACGGUAAAAUCUGAAAUAAAUUGUACUUCAUCAUUAAAA